GUUGAUAAAUAAUUUCGUAUGCCACAUACUUAUUUUAAAUACAAAAUUAAAUAUAUAAAAUGUUAGAAAACGUUAAAUCAGUAAUUCUAGUGUUAUCAGGAAAAGGUGGAGUUGGUAAAUCAACAGUGAGCACGCAGUUGGCUCUUACUCUUAAGGAAAGAGGCUUUAAGGUUGGCCUUCUGGACGUGGAUCUGUGUGGUCCAAGUGUGCCGCAUAUAUUAAAUUUGGAAAAUGAAAAUAUACACCAAGGCACAGAUGGUUGGGUGCCAGUUUAUUUGGAUAAGGAACAGAGGUUGGGGGUUAUGUCCAUUGGGUUUCUUUUAAAAUCUCGCAAUGAUGCUGUAGUUUGGAGGGGUCCAAAGAAAACGGCAAUGAUUAAGCAGUUUUUAGAGGAUGUAUAUUGGCAAGAUCUUGAUUUCCUAGUGAUUGACACUCCACCUGGCACCUCUGAUGAGCAUAUAACAGUAAUGGAAAAUCUCCGACAAAUACCUCAAUGUUCAGCAAUAAUAGUAACUACCCCACAGGAAGUAGCCAUUGAGGAUGUCCGGAAGGAGAUCACAUUUUGUAGGAAAACUGGAAUAUCAAUCCUAGGAAUCAUUGAGAAUAUGAGUGGGUAUCAAUGCCCAACCUGUAAUGAAUGCACAAAUAUAUUUUCGAGUGGUGGUGGUAAAUCUCUAGCGGAGAUAUCCAAGCUGCAGUUCCUCGGUUGCUUACCAAUUGACGCUCGUGUUGGUAAACUUGCUGGACAAGGUCUUGCUGCAGUUAAGGAACUACCGGAUUCAACAACUAGUAAAGUGUUAAAUGAUUUAGUUACUGUAUUGGCUGAAUCAAUACAAAAUGGCUCAUGAGAAUGUACUAGGUAAGCAUAAUAACUUGGUAUAUACAUACUGUGUUGCUUAGUAUUGUUAACUAUAUACAUAGGUGGGGCGGGAUAUGUAUAUUGGUGGCAUUAAAUAUGUUAAAUCAUGUCAUGUGAUAUUUUUAUUAUAUAUAGACUGACAAGGAUAUUAGACCCGGUAAACAUAAGUGAAAUUAAAUUAUAAUAGCACACUAGCGCCCUCCUGUCAUUGUCAAAAAAAUCACAAAGCCAUUCUUGUACUAUAGCGGUCAUGUCUUCUCUUUUAUGCCUAAGCAGGUUUUAUAUAUUUUUGACAGAAGUAACCAGCGAUAAGUGCCUCAUCAGGCUAGAUAUCCUUGUUUGACUAUACAAGAAUGUCACUAAUUCUUCAUUGGUAUAUAUAAUAUGUUAUUGUUUAUUUGUAGUACAUAACAGUGUAAAAUAGUAUAAGUAUAGUUUAGAGGGUGGUAAGGAAAAUAUAUUGAAGAAUAUUAAAUAUUUAAAUCAUU